UUUCUUAAAAAAUCAGUGCAUGUGAACCUCAAAAGAAUACAAAGGAAAUAAUCUGAUUGUCAAUAAAUAGCUAGCACCAGCAAUCAAGAAUUUGCAUGCAGUCACAGAACUUUCAUCUAAAUUUCCCAAACAUGAAAUUCUCGUCAUUUUUCCUCAUUGCCAUCCUCUUUCUGCAGGGUUUUGCAGAGGCAUUAACCUUGAAUGAUGCUCCAGGUUCCCCUACUCAGGUGGAAGAACCAGGAAAUUUAGGAAGCCUUCUCAAGAAAAGCCCGCAUCCAAAAAUCAAUUGCAGUCAUGAAUGCACAAGAAGAUGCAGCAAGUCAUCAAGAAAGAAUGUGUGCCAUCGCGCAUGUAAAACUUGUUGCAAGAGAUGCCAUUGCGUGCCGCCAGGAACUUAUGGCAACAAAAAUGUGUGUCCCUGCUAUGCUAAUCAACGAACACACGGAAAUAAGCCCAAGUGUCCUUAGAUGACCUUUCGCCCUGUUUAAAAAGAACGUAUACUUAUGUUACUAAGCAGAUCAAACAUUCUACUAGCGUGAUACAUAUAUUAUUAAUAUAUCUUGGUGGAUUUUACAUGAAUCAACCAGUGUGUCAAAAUGUGAUAGAUGAUUAUAUAAGGCAAUAAAUGUGUGGCAUAUCCUAUAUUGGACAUUGCAGUAGCAAUGUUGUUUAGCAGCUGAUGAAUAAAAGUUGUAAACCUUUUUGUAACAAAUACGGAGUCUUUUGUUAUUA